UAAUUUUAAGCAAAAAGUAAGGGAUGUGAUAUAUUAUUCAGUAAAUAUGUUUUUAUUGAUUACCAAAUGAAUAAAUUCGUACCAGACGACAGAACUUUUGAGUGAUACGGAACUAUGCCCGCUGCUACGGAACUAUUCCCACUAUGUGCAAACAGAAAAUACCAUAUAAAUCAAUAAAAUUUUAAAAUGUGUAGUCUUUUCUGUGCAUAUUAUAUGCAUAAGUAAAUUUGUAGUCGUCUUAGAAAAAAUCAUGAGUGAUACGGAACUGGUCAUUGUAUGCCAUAUUCGGUGGAGGACAAGGCCAGUGUCAAAUACCUCAAGCAUGGGCUUGAGGAUGUAUAGCACACUCACAAUCUCCUAUUAAUGAAUGCUUCUCGAAAAUAAGCAGAAAUGUGAAGGCUAAAUAAAGCAGAAUGACUCCCAACCUUUGAAUUUUAACAGACGCAGCAAUAUAAGAAUCGCAGCAGAAUCUGCAAGAAUUUAAUAAAUGCCGUGUCUUCCAAAUGUCCCAAUAAGGUACUUAAACACUUGCUCUUUUGACACUACUUUUAAACCUCUUUCAAGUUACAUAAAAACCCAAGAAUCUACAGUACAUUAGAAUUCAAUAUCAAGUACCUUCGAAGUAUAGUGCUGACAUAUAAAGUGUCGCCGUUGAUUCAACGUGUGUUUUCAUUGGCCGUGAAAGCUGGGGAUCUGGAAGAUAACUAGGCAUCGCCAGGGCAAUCAAUACGAUGAGCUAAGGGUUGUUGGCGAAGGGCUUAGUGCUAAGAGUACUUUAUUUCUUCGAGCAUUAGGCUGAACACGCAUACUUCGCUGAAGUUGAUGAGACUAGAGUUACCAUGGCAACUGACGUAACUAGACCUCCACUGGACAGCACAAGCAGCACUGCCAAUCUCAUGGAGAAUGACAAGACCCCCGUGCCCACCAUGGACGGGGAUUACCCCACCACAGCCUACCCGGUUGAUGAUAAACACACUACAGGCUACCCAGGGGAUAAAAAUGUAUUGGAUGACGUCUUUCCUGAGGACAUCAAUUUGGCGUUUGGGUGGCGGAGUUUCAGGCCUCCCUGGCUACAGUGGCUUAACGAUCCGAAGUGCUUUCUGUUUUUUCUCUGUCUCUUUGCCUUUCUUCAAGGAAUGGCGGUUAACAUAUUUAUCAGCAUGAGUUUCCCUUCGCUGGAGAGACAAUUCUCGCUGAAUUCGAAAGAAACUGGAUUCAUCGCAUCGUCCAAUGACGUCACAGCUAUCAUCUUAGUAAUUUUCGUCAGCUUCUUUGGUAGCUAUGGCAACAAGACAAAGUGGCUGGGAGGCGGGGCUAUCUUGACGGGUCUAGGAGCCUUAGUGUUUGCACUUCCGAAGUUUCUUGCACCAAAACACGACCCAACAGGAGCUAAACUGGGCGGUACACCAUUCUGUCUGCGUAACACGUCAUUAUCAGCUUUCGAAGAUCCAGAUUGCGGGACGGCCACGGAGAACGCGCCGAUCCUGUACUAUGCACUCUUCAUAAUCUCACAACUGAUGUCCGGAGCCGGGACCACGCCCCUUCACACGCUAGGCCCCGCCUACCUGGACGAAAAUCUCCCUUCCGAUUCGCUCUCCGUGUACCUGGCGAUAUUUUACAUGGCGACGUUCAUGGGGCCUGGGGUCGGGUCUAUAAUUGGCGGACAACUUUUGACAGUUUACGUCGAGAUUACGAUGCCUCCUGAUGUCAAGUUGGCUCCUACCCAUCCUAACUGGAUAGGGGCUUGGUGGCUAGGCCCGUUAGCCGCAGGACUCGGAGUGAUGGUCUGCGGUGUCAUCAUACUCGGCUUUCCCCGUCACCUCCCCGGAGCUUACGCAGUCCGCAAGGAAGCCCUCAGGAGCGGCGAGAUGAAGAAAGAUGAUAGUCACCUCAAGGGGAAUAUCAGAGAUAUCCUACCCGCUACUAAAAACCUCUUGAUGAAUGGAACCUACAUUUUCCAGAAUUUGGCCACAACAUUUGGUACUCUGGUUGGGUUUGGACUGUACCCAUUCAUUUACAAGGUGAUAAAUGAACGCUAUGGCGCCGGCUCACUUCUGACAGGUGUCGUGAUCGCCGUUCUGCUAGUUCCCUCUGUAUCACUCGGGCUGCUGAUUGGGAGUUACCUCGUCAGGCGGUUCCGGGUUCGUCGCUCAUGUCACCGGGCGGCGAGACUCACGUUUUUCCUUCAAAUUUUGGGGAUCUGGGGAGCACUGAACAUGCUAAUACCCGGAUGUCCAUAUUCAAACUACGCAGGCGUGGACGUGGCUUAUGACAACAGAUCUUCCCAGAAAAUCGCACUUGAGAAUCCCUGUAACGUGGGUUGCCUGUGUUCGGCGGGGCAGUACAGCCCCGUGAAUGGUGGGGAAGGGGUGACAUUCUUCUCUCCGUGCUACGCAGGAUGUCCACCGCAGAAACCAACAAAGGAGGGCUAUUCCAACUGCUCUUGUAAUCACCCACAAGUCAGUGCUCCCAACCUAUUCAACACGACCGGUCACCUGUCGUCUGGGAUUUACCGAGAACACUGCUCGAAAAAAUAUCUUAUGUUCUUUGCUGCUGUAUGCUUUGUCAACAUCGUUUUGGGUUUCUCCAACCAGAUUCCAAGCAAACUUGUCUCGCUCAGGUCCGUACCUGAUGCCCACCGCGCUUAUGGCCUUGGGCUGCAGUUUGUUUUUAUGCGGACUCUUGGGGCGUUGCCCGGCCCGGUCAUUGUCGGCACGAUAAUCGACCACACGUGCACGCUUUGGAAGACGAAGUGCGACAAGCCGGCGAACUGCCUCAACUACGACUACGAGAGACUCGGAUGGAUCAUCACCGCAUAUAGCAUGCCUGCAAAUCUUCUGUCUCUGUUUUGUUUCUUUCUGUCCUACUACUUCAGCAAGGGCCGGAUCACCGGAGACAGCACACUGCCCGAAACGCGCGCGGGCGCAGAAGAAAUAAAAGCAGAUAAAGAAGAAAAUGUCCAAAUGUCAAAGAUGAAAAAGGAUGGUAUUGAUAAUUUGGCCCUUGAAAGAGAAGUUAACGAAAAUAAUACAAAACUGUAAUUCAAAUUAAUGAAACGCAGAGGCUUUAAAAGGGACGUGCAUAGGUUAAUUCACCAUUCGCGCUAGACUCUGUUGAAUGCGAUAAGUAUCGUAAAAGCAGAGCUGACUAUUAACUUCAAUUACUUCUAAGUCCUUCGCUUACAUUGAAAUCGUGCGCGUGAAUAUUAUUUCAAAUAUUUUUUCCCUUUUAAGACCCGUUAUUUCAAACUGUUUAACGCAUUGUGCAUUCAGGGUAGGUCAUUGCCGUCAUCUCGUUUAAUUAGACAACGACGGUUGAUCUUAAAAACGUAUUCGCUUACACUAACAGAGCCUUAGGUGACUAAUUGUUUAAGUAGCAUGCUAAUAAUGAUUUUUUUUUCACAAAAUUAUUAAUAGACCAUUGCGCGCAUGAAUCACCGUACGACAUAAAAUAUAGCGGUAAUUCAAAAAGGGGUUACUUAAACAGUUAAGCCAAAAGCGCGUGCUAGUUUUGGUCAGGGUUACAGAACUCGAAAGAUUUUGAUACAUUCGCAAUUCGAUGGCAUGCAAGUGUGCACUACGUAACGUGGCAUGCAAGUGUGCACUACGUCACGUGGCAUGCAAGUGUGUACUACGUCACGUGGCGUGCAAGUGUGCACUACGUCACGUGGCAUGCAAGUGUGCACUACGUCACGUGGCAUGCAAGUGUGUACUACGUCACGUGGCAUGCAAGUGUGCACUACGUCACGUGGCAUGCAAGUGUGCACUACAAGGGGCAAUUUUUCAUGCAAUUUGCAAUGCAACAAAUUAUUGCAUUGUGUUACAUGUUACACACGCCUAAUUUUUUUUACUGUAUUUCGCAACAAAACAAAAAAAUGCGUUCCGAUAGGCCAUUCCAGCUAUAAGUUUGCGUGCGCAUAACCGUAGAAACCUACCUCAACUACCAGAAUGCAGCGCGCGCUUUUUUAAGCUUUCAUCAAACGAAGCGCGCCCUGCAUGCAGGUAGUUGAGGUACGUUCCCAUGGUGAGUGCGCUCGCAUGCUUAUAGCUAGAAUGGCCUGUUUACAGGAAAAUUACCUAUCUAUAUAGCUGAAAUAGAACCAGUACCGAGGGCGUUAAGCACGAUGUUUUUAGUUUGUUUUGAAAUUAAUUAAAUAUCUUUUGCAUGUUAAUGAUUUAAAGAAAUACUUUACGUUCAAUAUUAUGUACGUUAAAAGUUUGCAUGCUGAAUUGUCAAUUUUAACUGAAAAAAUCCUGAAGAAAUAAGAUUACACUCGAGAAUCGAUUGGAUCGUAACUCGCAUGACAUGGCGGAAAAACAUGACAUGUCGUUUCCUCAUUUCACAUCAAACAAGGCGAAAAAUUCCCCUAAGUACUUAGUGAGUAAUAUCAAUCAAGAUAUAAAAUGUGACUUUUUUUAAAUUGAUGCGACUUUUUGUCAUUGAGAUUUGAGCUUUUCUUCCCUAAAGCUUAUAUAUAGCGCAAGGUUGAUCAAAUACAAAUUCCUUAAAAAAUAUAUUAAAACGUCAAAAUCUAUAGGUAUGUGCAUUUCGGCCUCACGUUAUUUGUGUUUUGAAAUCAUUCCGGAACACAAGGAACCGAUGGUCAUUGUAAAAAAAUGUCUUCUUUGUCUAUCUCUUCCAAGUGCACAUGUUCAAGUUUUUCCGUAAUGUCAACCCGCAUUGGUUCAUGGGCUCUAGAUAUCUAAAUAUCUAUCUAGAUAUACACCUAUUUCAAAUAAUGUUGCAUUCAGAGAAUCUUUGCAUCGUAACCCGCAGUGCUUCAUGGGUAUUCAGUAUCUAAGCAAAUAAGCGUAAAUAAAAUACAAAUCCAGGUUUCAAAAGCUGUAGAAUUCUCGCUCAGGUUUUAAUAAUGAUAAUUUACAUGGUUUUCAGAUACACAUACAAGGAUUUUUCCGUUGAUAAGCUACCCAUGAACCACCUCGGGUUACGACACGUGGAUUUUCUAGUGCAACCUUAUUUGAAAUAGGUGUAUAAACAAGGACGCUGCAACUUUUCAACGCUGGAUUCGUUCACGUCUUUGUGGACGGUUCGGCUAUUCUCUCUCCAUUUUACCUUGUCGUGACGAUGAGCAGUAGCGGAUCUAGGGGGAGGGUGUAGGGGGUUUAACCCCCCCCCCUUUGGCCUGCCAGAAAGCCAUAUGUAACAAAAAAAGCUACCCCUUACCCCUUUGUCACUGAGCCAAUGGGGGAGGGGUCCCCCUUUAGCUAGAUCCGCCCCUAGAUGAUAAUGUAAAAUGAACAACUUUAACCUUAUUGCUUAGCUUUAUUAUUAAUACUAAAACUUUGCAUUAUUAAUAAUCAUAUUCAGUUUAUAGUUCUUUCGCGAUUCAACCACGACUAGGGAAUCAAUGUCGCGCACUUCGGUCUUAUAGCUACUACACAUAAGCACUACGGAACCGUGAAGAGGAACCGAGGACCUUAGAGUUUCUGGAAUUUUUUGUAUCUUAUGUUCCCAAACAUGCCAAAAAAUAAAGUCUGUUUCUGCUA